AUGGCUGAGAGGAAUUUUACCUGGAUGACUGAGUUCAUCUUUGUAGGAUUCACAGAUUAUCAACCUCUCAGAGUUACCCUUUUUCUGGUGUUUCUUGGGGUUUAUGUAUUAACUUUGGCAGGGAAUAUUGGAAUAAUGAUUUUGGUCAAUACCAGCUCAAGUCUUCAAACCCCCAUGUACUAUUUUCUCAGUAAUUUGUCUUUCCUGGACAUCAGUUAUUCAACAGCCAUUGCUCCCAAAAUGCUGGUGAACCUCUUAGCAGCCAAGAGAAGCAUCUCUUUGUAUGGCUGUGCACUACAGAUGUAUUUCUUCAGUUGUUUUGCGGACGCCGAAUGCCUUAUUCUGGCUGCAAUGGCAUACGAUCGCUAUGUGGCUAUUAGCAACCCGUUGCUUUACUCAACACUCAUGUCUCGGAGGGUCUGCGUUGGUUUUAUAGUUGGGGCAUACGCAAGUGGGAGCAUCACCUCAAUUGUGCACGUUUGUCUCACGUUCAGGUUGCCAUUCUGUGGCUCCAAUCUGAUAAAUCAUUUUUUCUGUGAUAUUCCCCCAUUGUUAGCACUGUCCUGUGCUGACACCCACUUAAAUGAGCUCUUGCUUUUUCUUUUGUGUGGCUUUAUCCAAACCAGCACUUUUAUGAUCAUCUUCAUAUCAUACGUAUCUAUUCUCAUCACUGCCUUGAAUAUCAAGUCUUCGGGAGCAAGAAGCAAAACCUUGUCCACCUGUGUUUCCCACCUAGUAGCCAUCACUUUAUUCUACGGGUCCCUUCUGUUCAUGUAUUUGCGCCCUAUUACUAGCUAUUCCCUGGACACAGAUAAAGUUGUUGCUGUGUUUUAUACUGUAGUCUUUCCCAUGUUUAACCCCAUUAUCUACAGCCUGAGGAAUAAAGAUGUUAAAAGUGCUGUCAAGAAACUGUUACAGAGAAAAUGUUUUUCCAAAUGA